UUUAACUUCCAGAAGAAUCCUAUAGUGACCGUUAAGCAGGGAAAAUUGAGAGGGGAAAGUGACCUUUUAUUCAAUGGCGCAAGAUAUUACAGCUUCAAAGGUAUCCCGUAUGCAGCUCCACCGAUUGGGAAUUUACGAUUCAAGGCACCACAGCCCCCUCUGCCAUGGAAGGGCAUUCGAGAUGCAACGAAAUUUGGUUCAGUUUGCACUCAACUCAAUCAAACAAAAGUAGGUGAAGAGGACUGUUUGUUUUUAAACGUAUACACCAGGUCUAUGAAUAAAAAUGCAAAAACUCCAGUCAUACUCUACAUCUUCGGGGGAGGGUUUUCUUACGGGUCAGGAAGUGUGUAUUACGGAGACUUUUUAUUGCAACACGAUGUUUUAUUAGUGACGGUGAAUUACAGACUUGAAAUGCUCGGUUUCCUGUCUUUGGACAUACCAGAAGCACCUGGCAACGCUGGCAUGAAAGACCAGGUCGCUGCGUUACGCUGGAUAAGGGAUAACAUAAUAAAUUUUGGGGGGGAUCCCGAUAAUGUGACAAUUUUUGGGGACAGUGCCGCUGCAGGAUCUGUUACCUUCCACAUGGUGUCUCCGAUGUCCAGGGGACUUUUCCAUAGAGCAAUAUGUCAAAGUGGAUCUUUUUUCAAUGAUUGGGCCUUAGCAGCCGGUAAAAUUAAAAGAGCUUUUAGAGUUGGAAAAAUCCUGGGGAAAGAAACAAAUGACAUAUAUGAAUUGUAUCAAUACUUUAUGUCCUUAGAUAAGUAUAAGCUAACGAAUGUUACUUUGUCUUCUAUGACAUAUGAUGAAAUAUAUCGGGGUCCCCCAGGACAGUUUAUACCAGUGAUCGAAAAAGAAUUCCCAGACGUAGAGGCAUUCCUAACCGAACAUCCGAUUACAAUUUUACAAAAAGGGAAUGUCGCGAAGGUGCCUUUAAUAAUCGGUUACAACAAUGGGGAAGGACUGUUAUAUCUUAACCGAUACCUCGAAAGCCUGGCUGUUUACAGCAAGGAACCUUCAUAUUUCGUGGGCAGAUAUGUAGCGAACCAGGUAUCACCAGAGAAAUUAGAAGAAUUCGGCAAAAGAAUAGUGAGAUUUUAUGCUGGUAAUAAAACAUUAACGAAGGAAGAUGUCAACGCCCUCACGAAAAUAAUCGGGGACACAACUUAUAAUUACAAUAUUCACAGAUUCAUCAAUAGCUAUGCCAAUUUCAGCCAUCCAAUAUACAUGUACAAAUUCCACUUGGAUACCGAGCUGAAUGUAGCUAAAGUUAUGUUUGGCGUCGGUCAUCUCAAGGGAGCGAGUCAUGGAGACGAGCUGUGGUACCUGUUCAAGAACUUCCAGAACGAUUACCUAUAUGAGAAAUAUUUAAGGUUGAGGGCAAUUAUAUACAGGGUGUCUAAAUUGUGGACAGACUUUGCAAAAACGGGCGAACCAAUAUCCAGAAAUAGUGAUGAAGAAUAUUGGAAGCCUUUUACAAUAAAAAAUAAAGAAUAUUACAAUAUAGACGACACAUUCUCUAUGGGUUACUACGCUGACAAAGAGAGGGUUGAGUUUUGGGAUGAAAUAUACGAAGAAGCUGGGUUGCCACAUAUAAAAUCAAUAAAUGUUGAAUCAGAUGACACAAACUUAGUAUAAAUACAAGUAAAAAAAUCAUAUCCAGUUUAUAAAUGUGUAUAAUUGUUAUCACAAGUCCCCUUAUUUUUUAAAUAAACCUUAUUUAAAUUGAAAUUAUGUGUCUAUAAAUUUCUUAUCAAU